UGUUUGAUCAGCCUCAAUAUAUUUUAUGGAACUUUUUCUCAGUGUAACUGUAAACCCUCUCUUCUCUAGAAUCGAAAAUGACGAUGUUCAGUGCAUGCUGUAGAGCACUAACCCAUAACCACUUUCCGUUAUCCCGCUCCAUCGCCCUUUCCCCUCAACCCACUGCCCUUCGAUUUCAAUCACCAUCUUCUCUACGUCUCCCUCUUAUCCGCUCUCCACCUCCCUUCAACCAAUUGCGCCUCCGUCAUUCUCGUCUCUCUGCUUUAUCCGACGACGGUUCCGGCGCUACUGGUGGAACUAGCGGUGAUGCUGGUGAUGGUGGAUGGAAUUCCGCUUCUGGUGGAACUGGCGGUGAUGCUGGUGAUGGUGGAUGGAAUUCCGGUGACAAUGAAUCCGAUGAUGGAGGGGGAAACUUGUCCUUCUUGUCAUGCAUUGCAAAAAAGUUAGAGCCUAUGAAUACUUUAGCAUCACCUGUUUGGUGGGUGUUUGGAUUUUAUUGCAUUGCUGUCGGUGGUCAAAAACUUCUCGAAGCUGCUCUUUUUCUCUACUGCUUGACACUGAUCGUUCCAAUCCUUGAAUUUUUUACAAUCUUUCCAAUCCUUCUCCAAUAUUUCACUAUCUUUUACAUCGGGAUGAUAUGUAUAGCGUUCUGCAUCUACCCAAUAAUAGCUUAUGCUUUAAGAAUCAGGGAAGGUGCUUCAGAAGAUGAUAUCAGGUCACUUCCUAUGUAUAGGUUAAGAAUCAGGGAAGGUUCUUCAGAAGAUGAUAUCAGGUCACUUCCUAUGUAUACGUUUAGUCAGUCAAAUGUAAUGGUUAUGGUUGAUGACAACAAGAAGCAAUCUGUUAAAGCAAGAACCGGUUCAUACAAUCAAAGCCAUAUCAGUGAACUAUCUCUUCAUCCAGAUGAUUCUGAAUGCUGUAUCUGCCUAUGUCCAUAUGUUGAUGGAACAGAACUGUAUCGGCUUCCCUGUUCCCACCAUUUCCAUUGUGCAUGCAUUAGCCGUUGGCUUCGGACAAAAGCAACUUGCCCACUCUGCAAAUUUAACAUCCAAAGACGCAAUGCAUUGGUUUGAUAUUUCGCUGAUAAAGACUUCCCAACACUGAGGUGUAGUAUCCGCUUGAUGGUGGAGAGAACCAGAACAUUUGCUAAUCUGCUGACUAGUGGGCGGAUCUACAGCCUAGGCACUUGCCCAGGCUUUGGUAAAAAAAAUUGGUAUUUUAGGGGUUAGUAUAGGGUCAAACUGAGAUUUUUUUGUUCAAAAAUGAGAUUUUUUCAGCACAGUACUGAUAUUUUUAUUUAAAACUGUGAUUUUGCCGAGACUUUAUAAAUUUUCUGGCUCUGCCACUAAAUGUUGGUAUAUAAGUAGAAAAAGGAAAUGCCUCACCCUUUCGUUAGGAUUUUAGUUUUCAUAAAGGUAAUUUAGCUUUUGAAUAUUCUUAAGUUUAUGAUGGGGUAUUUGUAUAUAUUGGAGGCCGUUGUGAGGGUCUCCCCCAUAAUUUGUACUUAUAAGGUAAUUACAAAAACAAUUUUCUGUACAGCAGUGGUUAUUUUUUGUUUUUUACAAAAACAAUAUGCAGAAUAGCUUUCUUAGUAA